UUAUUGUUAUUAAAAGACGUUCACAGUACAAACUCCACAAAUAAUUUUGUAACCUCGAAAAAUAAAUAUAAUAAUAUAUUUUUUUAGUGUAUUUUGAAUAUUUUAAAUUGUUUUUUUAAUUCAGGAUAAAUAACAAAACGUACUGUUUAUUUUAGAGUAAUUGUAAACAUUAUUUAACCUUUUAUUUUAGAAAUCUUAUAAACAAUGACCGAGUAUUUUAGUCCAUUUGUAUUCUGGGCUCAAACACCAGAACAUAUUUCGCUUAAAAUUGAUCUCCACAAUGCCAGGAAUGUUAAAGUUGAAAUUGAAGAGAAACGUCUGAUAUUUCUUGCCCAUGGACGAGGGGCAAGGGGACCUAAUGAUUAUAGUUUUAUUCUUGAUUUGCAUUCGGCAAUCAAUCCUGAGGAAAGUCAUUAUAAAGUUAUUGAGAGACAAAUCGAUUUUAUUUUGGUGAAAGAAGUGGAAGGUUGGUGGCCACGCUUAACAAGUCAACCGCAAAAGCCUUCUUGGUUGAAAAUUGAUUUUGAUAAAUGGAAAACCGAAGACAUUGACGAUAAUGAUGAUGAGAAGCGUGAUAUUCAACAAGAUUAUCCCGAUAUGUAUGAUAAAUUGCACAAAGAGGAGUUUGGCUAUCGAAAAGAGGAUUAUAAGAAAGUUUAUCUUAUAUUUUACAAUUUAAGUCAAUUCAUCGGAUAUUUUUACAUUCUUUCUGUGAUGGGUAUAAAAUAUUCACGUGACGGUCCAGAUUCAAUGAAAGACACAUAUCAAAUAGUUGGCGGUAUAAUGAGAUUUGUGCAAAUUCUCCAAUAUUUAGAAGUGAUGCAUCCAAUAUUUGGUUACGUGAAGGGAAAUGCAUUUAUACCAUUUCUCCAAAUAUCAGGUCGUACGUUUGUUUUAUUUUGCAUGAUUGAGGCCGAGGAGAGAAUGCAAACGAAGCCAGUUGUAUUUUAUGUUUUUGUUGUAUGGUCAGUUAUUGAAAUUGUUCGCUAUCCAUAUUAUUUGAGUCAAUUGUUAAAUGUUGAAAUAACAAUUCUAACAUGGAUGCGAUAUACAAUGUGGAUACCAUUAUAUCCAUUGGGCUUUCUUUGCGAGAGCAUUAUUAUUCUUCGUAAUAUUCCAUAUUUUGAGGAAACAUUAAAAUUCACUGUCUCAUUGCCAAAUGCGUGGAAUUUUGCUUUUCACUUUCCCACUGUAUUGAGAGUUUAUCUUCUUGUUUUAUGCCUACCUGGCAUGUAUACAAUGAUGAAGCACAUGAGGAAUACGAGAUUGAAAAAGCUCAGUUCGACUAAAAGGAAAGUCAAGUAAUUUUCUUCCUUUUUCCAAAAACAAAAAAAAUUUCCACGCACUAAAAAAUUAUUUUUUAGUGAGCAUUUUGAAAAAUGAUUCUAAAGUUCCGCAUUUUUUAUUGAAACGAAAUUUAUUUAUUUCUUCUUGAAAUUAAAUUCUUAUUAACAAUAAAUUUGCGUUACUGUCAAAAAAAAAAAAUUAAUUCUAAAUUUUCUUAACAUUUUUAAUACAAAAAACGUAAAAAUUUCAUUCAGUUGAAGGAUCGAAACUUAUUGAUCAUUUUGAAAAACAAAAAAAAAAUGGACCAUCUUUUGGGAAAGAAAACUAUUUUUCGCAAGAAGAAUGUUUUUAAAAAUUCUGCUUUGAAUUUCUGAUAUCGAAUUUUAAUAUAGAAAAUAUUUCUAUAUUAAUAAUUAUUAAUUUUAAGUUCGAACAAAAAAAAAUUGAAAAUAAUAUUGUGGUCUUUUUGGAGCGUGAGAGAUGAAAAAAAAAUGUCUACAAUUAGAAAUAGCUAGAAAAACCAUUACUAGGUUAUUAAUAAAUUUCGAAAUGUAUUUAUUACUCAAAGUAAAUUUUUCCUGAAUUAAAAUCCAGGAAUUUUUCUACGUCAUUUUUUUUAAUAAUAUUUAUAGUACGCCAGGAACAAUAAUAACAAUAUUAAUAAUAAUACAAUGA